AUGACGAAUAAACAACUCCAGCUGUUAUUGCAUACAGCACAGUCGUUGUUAUCUGGGCUACCAAAAGGAUUUCAAAAAGUGCUGUUUGACUCCCGUGUACAAAAAGGUCUAGCAUUCUUCUUAGCCUUUCGGCUUGCGAAAGGGGCCAACAGCUAUCUCUCAAGGCGCGUGCAGAAUAAUUGGUUGGAAGUCGACCGGUGGGACCCGACUACAGAGCUGAUAGCCCUCACGGGGGGAGCCGGUGGGAUUGGGAAACAGAUCGUGAAAGAUCUCUCGCAACAAAAUGUCAAGAUCGUGAUUCUGGAUGUGACGGAGCCGGACUAUCCGCUGCCCCCAAAUGUCAUUUUCUACCAGACAGACAUCACCUCCCGAGCGGCCCUCAAACAAGUGGCAGACCAGAUCAGGAAAGACCACGGUGACCCCACGGUCCUAAUCAACAAUGCCGGGGUGGCAUUGGAAGGGUCCAUCCUGGACGAACCAGACGAGCAUAUCCGCCGCACCAUGGAAGUGAACACGCUUUCGCACUUUUGGACGGUUAAGGAGUUUCUACCUCGUAUGGUCGAGAAGGAUCACGGCCACAUCAUCACCGUGGCGAGCUUAGCCAGCUUUGUCAGCUUCGUGGAUUGUGUCGACUAUUCAUGCUCAAAAGCCUCGGCCUUGGCCUUUCACGAAGGCCUCACCCAAGAAAUUAGGCAUAUAUACGGCUCAAAGAAAGUCAGAACAAGUAUUAUCCAUCCUCUCUGGGUUCGCACUCCGAUGAUCGAUAAGAUGACGCAGGCUGGCAGCCACUGGAAAGAACCAGUCUUAGAGCCCCAUGAGAUCUCAUCCGCUGUGGUUGGCCAAAUUGUUGCCGGCAAUGGCGGGCAGGUCGUUGUUCCUAACUCGUACGGGCUAACUGCGCUUGUGAGGGCGUAUCCGAAUUGGAUCCAGGAAUGGAUUCGCAACACAGUGUCUGAGAAAUUUGUCACACUGCGACGUCUGGAGAGAGAGAUGAGUAAGUAGAUGGGGUGCUGAUAGGAGUAAAC